AUCCGAAUCCGGCUUGAAUUGCGUGUCUGGUAUGUAUGGACGGCAGUUUUGCUAAAUGUAUGAUUGUUGUGAAGAAAUGUUGUUCUAUAUAUAAUGAAACGAAGAAAAUUAGUCGCUCCCUAGCCAUGCAGUGUCAAUAGUCACGCAGUUCAUUUCUUAGCGAUAACAGCCUAACAUAAAAAUAGAACCUUUUUAACAAGACGGCAUGUUUGUAAGAGUCUGGUUGAGAAUUCUCACGGGGGAUGAAUGAGGAAGAAUUAUUGAAACGGUCUGCUGCAGAGCGAGAUAGAAUAUUUAGCUGCUAUGACCGUGGCAGAGAAAAUGGAGCGGAAAUUGAUCCAUGGGAAGAUCCUACCUAUGAAGUUUACCAUACCACAGACAGAUAUGGAUUUAUACAUGAUAAACGGCUACCACAGAGGCAUGACCCAAAUGAAAUCAAGUGUCAUCGGGUGGAAAUGGAAAGAUUGAAAAAGUGGGAGAAAAUGACAAAACAAUGGGACAGUUCCUCGACAAAAGAAAAAUUACGACGUAGAGUAUAUAAAGGGAUUCCUAAUAGAUUCCGCGGGCAAGUUUGGGCAUUACUUCUGGGGAUAAAAAAUUUAAAGAAAGAACAGGCUGGUAAAUACAAUGAAAUGUUGCAACUUGCACGUCAGUGGUCCACCGAAAUAAGACAGAUCGAUGCCGAUGUAGCUAGGCAAUAUAGGGAUCAUAUCAAUUAUAGAGAAAGGUAUAGCAUAAAACAGCGAUCCAUGUUUUAUGUAUUGGCUGCUUAUAGCAUGUACAAUAUGGAAGUGGGCUACUGUCAGGGGAUGUCUGUAUUAGCUGGAUUACUUUUAUUGUAUAUGGAUGAGGAGGACGCGUUUUGGGGCCUUUCUGUGCUGCUGGCCGACAAAAAAUACACUAUGCAUGGAUUUUAUGUUGAUGGGUUUCCAAAACUGAAUCGUUUCAUCGAACACCACGAUAAAAUUAUGCAUAAAUUUUUGCCAAAAUUGAAACGGAAACUCGAUAAGUGCGGCUGCGAUUCCAUUCUGUACGCAUUAAAAUGGUUCUUUGUUGUUUUCCAAGAGAGGACACCCAUCAGUCUCGGCCUGCGAAUUUGGGAUAUAUUUUUAUUGGACGGUGAUCGUAUUCUACCUGCUAUGGCGUACACAGUUAUGAAAAUGCAUAAACGUUUUCUGAUGCCGAUGGAAAGCCUGGAUGAGUUUUGUAAUUAUCUGCAAAUCAAAUUGGAGAAGGACUUUGGUUUCGACGAUGACACAGUGAUAAGCAGUAUGGAACGUAGUAUGGAAGAAUUGAAACGUUCUAAGUUAGAUUACCCCGGUCCACCAUUGCCACACGAGUUACCGCGAUUUCCGUUCGGCACUUUCAAAGAGCCUUCAUUUGCUAGCAAGGUUGGGAGACGGACCGAAGAAUUCAGUGAAGCGCAGCACGUAAUGCGCGAGUCCAUAACACAGCGUAGAGAUUUGGUGAUCGCCGAAGACGGUAGAGAAAGUACAACUCCAGUCGAGCCAACUGGUUGUGGUCUUGGCGGAAGCAAAUUCUCAUUUGACCCGAGUCUUGACGAUGGAGCUUCUCCCAAUGGCUCGCGGCGGUCAUUGGCAGACACGUCUGUUACCUCGACAGCCGACCUUUCCGUAUUUAGUUCGGCGACACGGUCACAAGUGUUAGACAAUAGCCUCGAUACUCAAAGUAAUAUCUCGAACGCUAGCUCUGGCAGCGGUGGUUUGCCCACCCCUAGAGCGACGCCGCAUCAACCGAGUCCAGACGUUGUGCGAAUUUAUGUACCGUACAGUUCGCCAAUGUGCGGCUCGUACAAAGACGAUCUUCCACGUACGCUUCCGCGGUCCCUAGAGACCAAUAGGAUUCGUAUACGGGUCGAUCCCGAUCAGACGCCGAUAGUGGAGAAUCUCAAACCGUUCUCAUUGGAAAGUCCGGAAAUCGAACUGGACUUGAAAUAACCUGUUCAUUCGUAUAGCCAUGUAAUUCAUGGAAACCGUUCAUAACAACAUUACACACUUGUGAGGAGAACAACCCGCGAGUGGUACACUCAGAUUUUAUUGACAGAUUGUGAAUUGUAGAAAUCCUCCACCAAUGUAGAGUACGUACACUGCCGGUCAACAGUAUGUGGACACCCUUUAAAAGGGAACAACUUUUUUAAAAUUGGUCCGAAUUGCUUGAGUCCUUUUGUGAAGUUGGGGAUAUUAAUUUAGCAAAUGAUGUGUAAAAAAAUUGAAAAAGUUGCUAUGUAAUU